UCACAGGAGUCGGUCCAUGUGACAAUGAUAUAGAUUCUCAUCUUAUCUCCUUAAAACCCCAGUUGCCAUUAUAGUUGGGUUGUCUUGCUUUACACUCAAAGAAAAGUCUAAUUUGGAUCAAAGCAUGUCAGCCUCAAAAAUUCACCUCAGAUUCAUAGAUCUCUCUCUAAGGCUCUCUGUAAUACCUCUUAGUGUUGCAUCCAUAUGGCUCACUGUAACCAACAAGCAGGACAGCAGCAUCUAUGGAAAGCUAGAAUUUAACAACCUCUCAGGGCUCAAGUACAUGGUCUGCAUUAAUGCCAUCUCUGUGGGUUAUUCCCUUGUGGCUAUUGUUUCUUCGUGGCUCAAAUGUCUAUUAACUAAAGCUGGGUUCUUACUCUUUUCAGAUCAGGUAGGUUCCUUUUUGUUACAAACCCAGGUUCUUACUUAUCUGAUGGUCACAUCCACAGCUGCUGUGGUAGACUUACUGUACUUGGCCUACAAUGGUGAUACAAAAGUCUCAUGGAGUGAAGCUUGUAGCUCUUUUGGAAGAUUUUGCAAUAGAGUGAAGGUGGCUUUGAUUCUCCAUGCCAUAGCUCUCUUGUGCUUCUUUGCCUUGUCUUUGAUCUCAGCUUUUAGAGUUUUUAGCAAGUUUGAUCCUCCUUAUGUUUCUUCUGAAGAAGUGGAAAGAGAAACUAGUUAGUGCUAAUGAGUGUCAUAUAGGGAAGUAGCUUUUCUUAUGGUCUUACCUUAGAAUGA